AUGGCAAGGAAACCGCUGCGACUGGCGAAUACGCUGUUUCUAGUAUUUCUCUUGGCAAUGGAAGCCUCGGGGAGGUUUUUAUCCUUGGCGAAUUUUCAAUCAAUAAGCUCGGAGUCACUGCCAUUGGGAUGUGUUAUCGCAUACAACGCACCUAUCCAAGGUUGCUCCAGGAAAGACUUCGAAAAUGGAAAUACCUGCUCCGCAGCGUGCCAAAACGGCAUCACGAGGGUCGAGAGUAACAUUCAGUCUUCGUGUGUUUUGGUCAGCAUUGGCUCAAGCUCCUUGCUAGAUCAGGCACAAAAUGGCAACCUCCUGAUUGCCCUCUGCGGGAACAGACAGGCACCGCCGCUGCCGACUACCUCAAUUAGCUUUCCGCCACCAAGAACCUUUUCUAGAAUACCUUUUGAUACGCCGCCACCAACUUCAACAACUACGACAUCUAUCUCGACCACCAUUGCACCCAGUACACCGUCUCCAACCAGCACAACAACAAGAAACGACGACGGCGACGGCGACGGGCCAUUAACAUCCUCUACAAUUACAACACCGAUAGCUACGACGCCAAAGACGCAGAAGACCAACACAGAAGCACAGGUGCCUACAACAAGUACAGAAACGACUUCAUCAACUGCACCCCCUGCGCCUAGACGAACGCAACCGCCCGGAGGAGGUGGGAGCCCGUUUGACUUUGUGCCAGAAUCAGUGUCGCAAAAGUCUAUUGAUGUUCCUGCAAGGAUUUUUGCACUUUUGGUAUUUACGAUUGCAGUAAAUAUGGCUUGA